UGAUGGGACAACAGUUAAAGGAUGUACUGCAGAAUCUUUGAGUGAUAGAAACCGGAAGCUGCUGUAUUUCUGCAGACUUGACUAAAGUGAUAGGAGACCAGACCGUGAUUCAAAGAAAGGAGGGAUGAGACUGAAGGGAGCAAUCAAAGAGAGGUAGAGAGAAGCAGUGGAACUGGCCUGAACUAGCAGAUACGCAUCGGAGUGAAGGGACAAUUUUAGAGACCGAAGGGGAUAGCGGAGGAUAGCCCGGCCGUCCAGCCGCCGCCAGUCAUCUGUUUCAGCGACCUCAGCAGCUCCGCAUCGCAGCUUCAAGAAGAGCGUCUUCAAAAGGUGGAGGAAGUCUAUGGACACGAGCUGUAACGGGCACGGAUUGGGCAGUCCUUCCUCGGAGAAAUAAAGUGAAGAGAUUCCUUUUCUGAUUUUGACCCAGUUGGAUCCAGAGGAUGGAAGCGUUGUUGGGUUUGCUUCUGCUCAGUUCUCUCACUGUAAACACAGUUGUGGCAAAUGUGUGUGUCUCGGGUCACGACAGAGGGCCAGUGUUUGAAGAACAGCCGAGCAGUUUAAUUUACCCAGAGGGCUUGAUUGAAGGCAAAAUAACUCUCAGCUGCCAGGCUAGAGCCAGUCCACCCGCAACCUACUCGUGGAAAUUGAAUGGCACACUUAUGGAACUGGGAUUGAGCCGGUACUCUUUGGUUGCUGGCAGCCUGGUGAUCAGCAACCCAGACAUUCAAGAUACAGGAUCAUACCAGUGUCUGGCUAAGAACCCAUGCGGAACCAUCAUUAGCCGAGCUGCUAAUCUCAAAUUUGGCUACCUUCAUGACUUCCCACCUAACAGCAGGACUUCACAGACAGUCUAUGAGGGUGCAGGCACUUUCCAAACCUGUCAGCCCCCACCACAUUACCCAGCUUUGUCCUAUCGCUGGUACUUCAAUGAAUUUCCCAACUUCAUCAGAAAGGAUGACGGACGCUGGUUUGUGUCACAGGUCACUGGGAACCUGUACUUGGCCAAGGCAGAGUUAAAUGAUACUGGGAGCUACUUUUGCUUCACUACCAUCAAUCUGGACAUUAGCACCAAAAGCACUUUUAACAAGGGCAGCCUUCUCACUGUACUGCCAGAUGCCAAUCCCAGAAGGUCAGCACCAAGCAUUAAACUGCGUUUCCCAGCAGAGACCUAUGGCCUCACUGGACACACUGCCCAGUUAGAAUGCUUUGCUUACGGAAAUCCAGUCCCGAAACUUCGAUGGAGGAAGGUUGAUGGUUUAAUGCCGUCUAAAGUAGGCUUCUCCACACAGAGUCCCACCCUCACCCUACCUGAACUCUCAUUUGAUGAUGAGGGCAUUUAUGAGUGUGAAGCGUACAACUCUGAAGGAAGUGACACAUACCACGGACGCAUCAUUGUACAUGCUCAGCCAGAAUGGUUGCAGGUGAUGAGUGACUCAGAAGUGGAGAUUAGCUCGGAACUUAACUGGAACUGUAUAGCUGCUGGAAAACCACGACCCGCUGUACGCUGGAUACGCAACGGAUUGUUUCUUAUCACGCAGGAUCGAGUUAUUGUGAAUGGAGGACAUUUGAAAAUCAGUAACCUGGCCCUUGAGGAUUCAGGGAUGUACCAGUGUGUGGCUGAGAACAAACAUGGCACUAUUUAUUCAUCUGCUGAGUUGAGGGUCCAAGUUCAGGCUCCAGAUUUCAGGUUGAAUCCGGUAAGGAAACUGAUCCCGGCAGCUAGAGGUGGCCAAGUAGUGAUCGAGUGUCGCCCUCGUGCAGCGCCAAAGCCCAUCCUGUUCUGGAGCCGUGGAACAGAGCUUCUUACCAACAACAGCAGAAUCACAGUGACUCCAGAUGGUACAUUGUGGAUCUACAACAUCAGCAGGGCAGAUGAAGGAAAAUAUACCUGCUUCGCUGAAAACUAUCUGGGCAAAGCCAACAGCACUGGACACCUGUCUGUUAGAGAUGCCACCAAAAUAACCCUGGCUCCCUCAAAUGCUGACAUCAACCAGGGAGAGAAUGCCACACUGCAGUGUCAUGCCUCCCAUGACCCCACCAUGGACUUGACUUUCACCUGGACCCUUAAUGGGGUGCCACUGGACCUGGAGAACUCAGCAGGGCCGUACCAGCGGGUGGAGGGAAAAGAAAACAUCGGUGACCUGCUGAUUGUAAAUGCUCAGCUGAGUCAGGCAGGAAUAUUUACCUGCACAGCCCAGACUGUGGUGGACAGCUCUUCUUCUUCAGCUAAGCUGGUUGUUCGAGGGCCCCCUGGACCUCCGGGUGGUUUGCUGGUGAAGAACGUGGCUGAGACAUCUGUGGAACUCAAGUGGAGUCGUGGCUAUGAUAACCAUAGUCCCAUUGGCAAAUACGUCAUAAUUGGACGAUCAUUUCUCUCAUCAGAAUGGAAGAAGAUGAUGACAGAACCAGCAAACAUUGAGGGGAAUGCAGAGUCUGCUCGAGUGAACGGAUUGAUUCCAUGGAUGGAUUAUGAAUUCAAGGUCAUCGCCAGCAACAUUCUGGGCAGCGGAGAGGCCAGCUUGCCGUCCCCUGUCAUCCGCACAAAGCAAGCAGCACCUACAGUGGCCCCAAGUGGACUUGGCGGAGGAGGAGGAAGCCGCAAUGAACUAAUUGUUACCUGGACGCCUAUGGCCAGGGAGUACCAGAAUGGUGAUGGCUUUGGUUACAUUCUGGCAUUCAGGAAGAAAGAAACACCAUUAUGGUCAGAGGUACAAAUUCCACAUCUGGAGUCCUCUCGAUUUGUCUACUACAAUGAAAGUCUGAUGCCAUAUACUUCAUUUGAAGUAAAGAUCAAAGCCUAUAACCGCAGAGGUGAAGGUCCAUUCAGUCAGCUUUCAGAUGUCUACUCUGCAGAGGAAGAGCCAACUGUGAGGCCUUCAGGCAUCAAUGCCACAGCACUUUCUGCCUUUGAGAUCCAGGUGUCAUGGGAGCCCAUCCAGCUGCCCAACAACGGUAUCAUCCGAGGAUAUGAGAUCCGAUACUGGCGUCAGCAUGAAAGGGAGGCAGCGGCAGACCGAGUACGAACUGCUGGGCUGCAGCCAACAGCCAGGGUUUCUGGUCUUCGACCAAGCACUCGAUACAAUGUAGCUGUUCUAGUGUACAACAGUGCUGGCACAGGGCCUCUAUCACCUCGCACCGCUGUCACCACCAGGAAACCACCUCCCAAUCGGCCUCCAGGCAACAUUUCAACUGAAACUAUAGGAUCAAAAGUAACAUUGAAGUGGAGUCAUGUGACAGCUAUGCACAAUGAGUCAGCCGUGCUGGGCUAUAAGGUUAGGUACAAACAUGAAGACCAGACUGUGAUUAGAUUUCUGGACAAAACAAAGACAUCAGUGAGCCUGCCUCUGCCUAAACAAUAUGGAUAUGUGGUGCUGCAGAUCCGGACUUGCAGCGAAGGUGGAGACGGGCCGGCUCAUGAGAUUAUUGUGUCCCAGGACUCUGAAACUGGAAUGAUGGUGCAGAAAGAUGCCUCCUCAACACUGAGCAGCUCUCUUCUCCACAUCAUCACUGGCUUGGUUCUCCUUACUCUUAUUUUCCUUUAAUCUCUGUCAGUCUGUUACUGUUAGUAAAGUGAAGGUUCCAGGUGGGCUGGGUUUCAGCCCAACAAUAUUUUGCUUCAUAGUAACAAUUUUAAUAUCUCAAUGCAAUAGAGAUAAGGGGAGUAUGCCUGAUGGGGACCAGAACUUAACAUUAUCAUUGUGCCUAUCAUUAUGUCCAAGCUGAUGAGGUACAAAUGGAACUGAGUGACUGAAUCAGUGGUUAGCAUUGCCAGCUUACAUAGACUAUAUUGCCAAAAGUAUUGGGUCCCACUACCAAAUCAAUGAAUUGUAGUGUUUCUCCCCACUUCCAUGGUUGCAGGUGUAUAAAGUUUGGUGUGGUAAAAGGUUGACUGGCCUGAGCAGUCCUGACCUCAACUUCCUUGAACACCUUUAGGAUGAAUCAGAGCAGAGGCUUCAAUUCUGAUUUUCUUAUCUAACUAUGAACACUCUCCUAAACCUUGUGGAAGGUGUUUACAGAGGAGUUAAAGUUGCUAUUCUUGGCAACAAUGGCUCCCUUACAAAAUGGACGUUAUAGAUUAAGAAUAGGAUGUCAUUAAAGUUCAUGUACAUGUAAAAGUAGACAAAUACUUUUGGCUAUAUAGAGUAUGUGCAAUGUGAGUCUGUAAUUCAAAAUGAGAGCAACUUUUUGAAUCUACACCAUUUAAUUUCGAUUGACAAAAAUCUAGUGUUCAGCGGUUUAUUUUUUGCAUGACUUACAACACGUGACGCUUUCCUUGGUCUUCCCAUAUUUCUGGAUCUAUACAUUCUUUCUGCAUGGAACAACAAAUUUCUCAAUGGAAUGAAGAUUGCAUUUCUCUCUCUCUCUCUCUCUUGCUCUCUUUAAAGAAGAGGGUCUUGCCUGUUUCUGCAAAACAAGUGACUAAGCACAUGCAAUAAACUGGUUUCUGAGCUGAAGCUUUACCAAACAUGGCACUCUGUGGUUAAUACCAUUUUACUCUGUAUCGCAGCUACAGUAUUUAGGAAGGACAAUUAGAUUGGGACAUUAAAUUAGUAAGAUUACUGUGGCUUUUCUUAAACCAAGAAAGAAGGGUUUUGUACUAAGCCAAAAAGAAAAUAACAAGAGUUUUGUUUAAUAAAUUACUGCAGCAAACACAUGUGAACUGCCAAGGUUUGUGCCUCAAUGCUGCAGAAAAACUAAUAAGCGGGAUUUUUUUGUUUUUUUUUGUUUUAGUACUUUACACCAGUUCACAGUGUAAUAGCAGGAACACAUUAAGAUAGGGAGACAGCUUUGGCUAUAUUUUGGCAUGUGAAUUACUAAUGCUUUUUAUCAAAUAAAGAAUUAUAGAAGACUUUUGUCUUAAAGUAAAAUAGUUGACACAUUACAGUUGCUUGAAGACAACGCGACCCUUUUCACAGCAACGUUAAAAACACUCCCUAUGGUACAUUAGAAAAAAAAAAAAUCCUUAUUGCCAUUUGUUAAUUUCCACUGAUAUUUUUAGGACAAAAUAUUGAAGUGCAACAACCGCAUGGACCUCUAACUGCAUAUGUUUAUUCUUUGCUUUGUUGGUGUUUUUGUCUUAUUUGUAACUACAGCAGACAGCAGAACUUGUCUGCUCUUUGGAUUAUUGAUUGAAUUAUGCCUGCAGUAUGAGAUGUUCACGUUUGCUGGGUUUAUUGCCGAUACUUCUCUGUUACUACGCUUAAUUACAGGAAGAUAUGAAAGGGUUAUGAGUAUUAUGAAGCUGUGAUUGUGCCAUCAGCACUUAUGUAACACAUCUGAUUCUCUGCAGUUAUUAGAAACCAUUUAUUCUUGUUCAAUUAUUUUUUCAGGUUGUUUCUGUUAUUUUUGCCACAUUUAUUUCAACAUAGAUUUUGUUUAUAUGCCUUGUUUUCCCGAGAAAUGGUUUUUUAUUUGCACAUUUAUUGUCAAAGUGUUGCUCUAACCUUUUUAUUUAUUGUCUCGGAUUUAGUUGAACAUUUGUUCUCUGAGAAGUUUGUUUUUCUGUAACGUUUGAACUAACCCGAAAAUGCUGUUUUAGCUGACGUGCCAAAACAGUCCAUUUAGUUCAAAGAUGAAAUUAUCUGGUUUUAAUAGUUUAUGUUAAAGCUGAAUGUGUGCUUCAGAUGAGUCAUGUAUGCUAAAUGUUGUGGCAGUGUCCAAUCAGACACUAAUGACAUAAGAAAUUCAACUGAUUUCAUCAUUGGAUAGACAUCCGUUAUAAAAUGUUAAUCUUUUGUAAACAUUAUCUUCUGAUCGGAUCAUAAACGGAGCAGAGUUGUGUAACACCCUGUGAAUACAGCCUGUUUACACAUCAAUACCAUAAAGCUCUCAUCUGAAGCAGUCAGCAAGGCCUGGCCCUGGUUUCUCCUUAGAUUUAAGCAAAGACAAUGGGUUUGUUAGGUUUUAAGCUAAAAACUGCACUUAGAAGAAAAUUUGUGUAGUGUUAAUGAUUUUGUAAAACUCUAAAUAAAGUUCUGGUCUAUGUUGUGUGAAAAAAGAGCUGUGUUAGAAAAUUGUUUAGUUGUUUUUUUAAGUUUGAGCUCCUCUCUGUUAUAACUUCAGUUCUAUACUUGUACUGUCAACAUGUAUGUCACAGGCCACAACAAAAAUCUACAACAGGUUCUAAAAAUAUAAUACAUACAGUACAAAGAUGAUCUGGUGUCUUUCUAAAAGCACUCGUGAGCACAUUUAUUUCAGACUGGCCCAUGUUCAACUUGCAGUCUUUAUAUAGGGGCCAAAGUUUGAUGGAAGACUGGAGAAUAAACAUUUAAAUCAUGUUUGCUGAUCUGGCAGAGUUUUAAUGCACAAAAGGUUACAAAUGUAAUAUUUUUGCCAGUUUGAGGGGAAACCUUUAAUUUAUUGUUAAGUUGUACCUAAAUAAAUAAACCUGUUGUACCUACAUGUUUUAAUGCCUUUGACAGCCAAACAUUUUGAUGUUUACUUUGCUGAUGGUUGUAUGAUAGACUACUUGAUUGUACAUAAAUAUGCUUUAUUUUAUCAUUUCAACACAUUCUUUCUGCUGUUACUUUGGUUGAUUUGGUUUGAGUUUGUGGAACAUCAGGCAAAGGUUUCAUCCAUCCAUUUUCUGUAGUCAGUGCUGCUAGGGGGCUGCAGGGAUGCUGGUGCAUAUCUCCAGCAGUCAAUGGGACAGAGGUGGUGAGGUAAAACCUGGGAAACAUUAUUUUCUAUAGUAGCUGGAAAACAAUCCCAAAUGAUAAAGGUUUCUGAAUGUUUAUUGAUAGGCAGAUAUAGUCUAUAUUCCUCUUAGGCUUACAUUUCUUAAAGACUAUACAUUGACAUUUUGCCUAGUAGUUGUUAUUUUGUGCUCUGCUCUCAGGUGGUGUUACCCACCAUUAAACUUUGUAAUUCCUCUUCUUGAUCCAGAUACCGAAAUGGUUAACUAGAAAUAUAAGCAGUCUACACCUAAACUUUUAUGUCUGCCCUGUCUUUAACUCAGAAAUGUAAAGCACCACACAGCAGUUGUCAGAACCGCUGAAUGUAGUUACGGUUUGUGUUGUUGUGCUUUAUAUGCUGUUUUCUAAAUGCCUUUAGAGUUAUCUGCAGGGCAAUAAAGACAUGUGGCCAUGUAUGGGUGCUCUGGCCACACAAACUGGCUUUCUGAUUAGUGUUUACCUACCUCCGGGUGGUUUAAGUGACUGGGUUGAAUCAAUGCUGGUUUAUUUUCCCUUUGGGCCCUUUUUUAAAAUAGUGGUUGAAUGGCAGAGGCAAGAAGAUUGCUACUUGUAAAGCUGAUUUAAAAUAAACACAUUUGGAAUUAUA